ACGCCGCUGUUUUUGGCGCACACCCAACAGAGAAAAAGAGUCCCAAAGGAAAAAAAAAAGAAAAAAAAAAGAAAAACAUAUCUCUAAAUUUGUCUUCGAUUGCGAUGUCUUUUACGUUUCGAUCUCGAUUUCAAGUGGGAUCCCUAUAGGGUUCCUCCUCUUCUCCUUCUGGAUCUCUGGUAAACAACUUACGGUUGCCAUGGGAGCUGAUUUGUGCUAAUUUCAGUAAGUGAAAAGGGACUAGUAUAAGAUAUGGCACCAGCAAGUAAGGCAGAUAAAAAGGCGGCAUUAGAUGUUGCCGCAUGGUUGUUUAAUAUCGUCACUUCUGUUGGGAUCAUAAUGGUCAAUAAAGCCCUUAUGGCUACUCAUGGCUUCAGCUUUGCUACAACUCUUACUGGACUGCAUUUUGCCACCACCACUCUCAUGGCUUUGGUACUUAGAUGGCUGGGAUACAUUCAGGCCUCCCAUUUACCAUUACCCGAUCUAAUUAAGUUUGUCCUUUUCGCAAAUCUAUCAAUAGUUGGCAUGAAUGUUAGUCUAAUGUGGAACUCAGUUGGAUUCUAUCAGAUUGCUAAAUUGUGUAUGAUUCCGGUGUCAUGUCUUUUAGAAGUUCUGUUUGAUAAGAUACACUACUCUCGAGGUACAAAGCUCAGCAUAAUGGUGGUACUUGCUGGUGUUGCAGUAUGUACUGUUAAUGAUGUGAGUGUAAAUACUAAAGGCUUGAUAGCGGCGGUUAUAGCAGUUUGGAGCACUGCAUUACAACAAUAUUAUGUUCACUUUCUUCAGCGGAAGUACUCGCUCGGAUCUUUCAACCUCCUUGGUCACACUGCUCCAGUUCAGGCAGCAUCGUUGCUAAUAUUAGGGCCUUUUAUUGAUUUUUGGUUGACAAAGAAAAGAGUAGAUGCAUUCGACUAUAAUAUAACUGCAGUGUACUUCCUCAUCUUAUCAUGCACCAUCGCGGUAGGAACCAAUCUCAGCCAAUUCAUCUGCAUCGGCAGAUUCACAGCAGUCUCCUUUCAAGUUAUCGGUCACAUGAAGACCAUUCUCGUCUUAAUCUUAGGAUUCUUCUUGUUCGGAAAAGAGGGUCUAAAUCUUCAUGUAGUUCUCGGCAUGAUCUUAGCAAUAAUAGGAAUGAUAUGGUAUGGAAAUGCAUCGUCAAAGCCUGGAGGAAAAGAGCGCCGAAAUUAUUCAACAAUCAGCGAGAAAUCUCACAAAGAUGGAUUACUGUCAGAGUCCAGAGAGCUUGAUGACAAGGUGUAAAUGCAAAUUAUUUUUUACUUGUAUUAUCUUUUUUUUUGGGAAAUUAUUGUAUUUGGAGGUGAAAAUUUUCCAAUAGCAUUCAUUUCUUUAACAUUAUGAAUGGAAAAUUAUUUUCCUCCAUACAAACCCAAUUUUUAUAGAGAUGUUACGAAACCUGAUAUUCUUUGACAGUAUUUAUUCUGUGAUAGAUAGUAAUUAUGCACAGGGAGGCUGUGUGCAUGGUUUUAA